AUGACGUAAGAUACAACAUUAAUUCCAAUCUUCUUGAGCGUGUUGACAUCUUGAAUGUAAAACAGCAGAGCUAGCAACAUGUUUCCCAUUGGCUACCCUGAGUAGUGGGCUCUUGACCAAAUCUUUGGCCAGCAAAGAGCCCAACGUCACAGUGGAUCAACAAAUGGGAACUUUAUAAGGCUGGUCUGAUUCGGAUAAUCUCGCAUUGAAUCUCAAAUAUGAGGCAGUAGGCUACAACCCUAAACAGUCAAGUUCAGAGGGAGAGAAGAAGGCUUGUUAAAACAAUAAAAUGGUGGAUAAGUACUCCAAAAGUUUCCAAAAAUGCUUACUGGCCAACACUCUCAGAAGAAAUUCGUUGAUCAGAAAAACCAAUGCCAUAGAGAUUGAGAGAAAGCUUGUCUGCAACAUGAUGGACAGGGAAAAGAGACUUUUUAAAGAGCAUGUUAAAAACAUGCAAAUAGAGCAAGCGAGAACAUGUGCCUGUAAAACUGCAAAAGAGAGAACACUCUGUGCUGCUGCCGCCACCAGAGGAUUAGCUACUUCCGGGGUGGUAGAUUCGAUUGACCCUUACCCAGUUACCUUUCCAAGAAAAGGGGCGCCUAAAAAAAGCCAGCAUCAGAGGUGUGCAUCUAUUGAGGGAAAGAAGCAUUUCAACAUCGGAUGUGAAAAUGGUAACCGUGGAAUUAAGACUCCAAAUAAAUCUUGCUAUGGCAAUGCCAAUGAAGUCAGUUUCCAAUCACAUCAUGGAUUGGUCAGUAGUUCCUGGACAUUGACCCGAGCUCAGGAGACGGCAGAAGAUAACCUGUGGGUUGGUGAUCCGGAAGCUAUUCACUCAGUGAGGAGAGCGAGGAAGUCAGUUGCCCAGCAGGACAUGGAACGCCUCCGGAGAAUGAGAGAACACUUAAACAUUUGAACAUUUCCAACUAUGUAACAAAAUAUAAAGACUACAAUGACAAAAAAAAAAAUUACAUGUGAACAAUUCAAUUGACAUUUUUUUAAAGCUACAAUGACGGCAUAAAUGUGUUUUUCUUGACCAAUUGGUACAAAAGUAACCUAUCCUUCAAUAAUAUUAAUGGUUUAAUGUAUCUAUAAUGUAUAAUAUUAAUGAACUUGAGUUUCUACGACAUCAAAGAGCUAUUAUAUGGCUUUCAUCGAUUUCAACAUAGGCCUAAUACUCAGCUGAUAAAGUAUAGAAGUGGUUUAAAUAGCAAACGAAUCAUUUUCGCACUGAAAACAAGAAAGCCUCACUGAAAACAAAAUCUUAUGUAACGCGUGGCUAAAUAGCUAGAUCUAGAUGAUAAAUCUACAUCUACUUUUAAGAAUUAAAAUCUUUAGAGCUUAUGAAUGAAUGACAGAGAAAUACCGGUUAUAAAAAAAAGAGUUGAAUGACCUUAUGAAUGUACGUAUUGAAUUAGCUUACAUUUGUGUAUGUAUAGAAAUAAUAGCACAUAGGCCUAUAUGUAGAAUGAAAUGUUCUAUACUAUACUCUAAUGAUAGGCUAAUGGUUCAGAUCGGAGCUUGGUGGCCAGUGUCUUUCAUUGAAAUAAAAAUGUGUUCACUUUG